AUAUCCGUGGGAUUGUAUGCCCCCAAUUAAAACACCGAGCAGCCUUACAGCAGCCUCUGCAACGCACCUGCCUAUGGAAGUGGGCAAACCAUUGUUGUGGCCACCAAUUUUCGGCAAAAGUGACAGUAAAGCAGCAGAGAAGUACGACAAGGAAAUCGAGCGGCGUUCACACUGGACAACGACUGAUUGGCUGGAGAAGCACAAGUACGCCGUGGAAGUGCACAAUGUCACCACAACCGACGGUUAUCAGCUGCUUUUGCAUCGCAUACCCAAAUUAGGCAAACAGCCCGUCUUGCUGGUACACGGGCUGCUAACUUCAUCACUCGCCUGGGUGCUGCUCGGACCGGGCAAGAGCUUAGCUUUUCUGCUCGCCGACCGCAACUACGAUGUUUGGCUGGCGAAUUUACGCGGCUCAGCAUAUGCGCGCAGUCACACGCAAUUCAGCGCCGACAGCUCGGACUAUUGGAGCUUCAGCUUCCAUGAAAUGGGCGCCUACGAUCUGCCGGCCAUUAUGGACCACAUUGGAAAUGAGAGUUCGUUCCAGCAGUUGCUGCUAAUUGGACACUCCCAGGCGGUAAACGCAUUCCUAGUUUUGUGUUCUAUUCACCCCGAUUACAAUGAACGCAUUCUGUUAAUGCAAGCGUUGGCUCCAAUUGUGCAAUUGCACGAUUUUGUGCGUUUCAAAGCGGAUGAUGUGCGGCGGAUAAUGCGCUUUGUGAAG